AGUUGCGACAGGAAAAAUUCUUCCCAAAAUAUGUUCCCACAGUUUGGGGCGACGGCGGAAUCUUUGAGUAAAGCGUCCACGUUGGUGUUCCGGAUCGGUACAGACGCCCAUCUCUACGACGAUCCCGAAGAUGUCAGUAUUGCUCCCCUACUCGACAGCAAGUUCGAUUCUGAGAAAUGCGAAGCUCUUAAGCGAUUGCUUGCCCUCAUCGCCCAGGGCUUCGAUGUCGCCAACUUCUUCCCUCACGUUGUUAAAAUGUUGCAUCUCAAUCUUUGAAGUGAAGAAGCUGGUCUACUUGUACCUCCUGCAUUAUGCUGAAAAGCGUCCAAAUGAAGCAUUGCUAUCAAUUAAUUGUUUCCAGAAGGACCUCGGUGACCCAAACCCACUGGUGAGGGCAUGGGCACUUCGUGCCAUGGCUGGUAUAAGGCUUCAUGUAAUUGCACCUCUUGUUCUUGUUGCUGUGGGGAAGUGUGCAAGAGAUCCUUCUGUUUUUGUUAGAAAAUGUGCUGCAAAUGCUCUUCCUAAGCUUCAUGAUUUGCGGCUAGAGGAACAUACUUCUGCAAUUGAAGAG